AUGAAGUUCAAACCCUUGCUGUUCAAGGGUCAACUCCAAAAAAUAAACUUUGGGACAUAUGAUAAUUACAUCCCAGUCAGUGAAUUAAGUAAAAAAUCAUGGAAUCAGCAACAUUUUGCCCUGGUAUUUCCCAAACCACCACGGCCAGGAAAAAGAAGGAGAUCAAAACCUUCCCAACUACAAGACAAAACAGUUCCUAGAUAUGAUGAAGACAAAUUAAGGGGAGGUCACAAACCACCAUUAUGGAUGCACCGUUCUUUAAUGAGAAUUUCUGAGAGACCAUCUGUUUAUUUAGCUGCUAGGAGGCAGCCUCCACAGAAACCAGCUCAACACUCCAGGAAGGAUGCUAAAGAUGUAGCAAAACCUUUAUCUCCAUCAAUAAUUAAGAAAAGUAAGAAAGACAAGAAGGACAAAUCAGAUUCAGAAGCAGAGUCCACAGUUUCAGAGGAAAAACUUAGGAAAGGUUCAAAGAAAGAACCAGGAGCUAAAGAAGAGAAAGCAGAUGCAAAGAAAGAUGUCAAAAUAGAGAAAAAAGGGUCAAAGAAGGGCAAGGAGUCUGAUACAGAAACAGAAAGUGAAAAAGGAGAUGCAAAGAAAGAUUCCAAAAAAGAUAAGAAAGGUUCACAGAAGGGCAGGGAGUCUGCUACAGAAUCAGAAGGUGAAAAAGGAGAUGCAAAGAAAGAUUCUAAAAAAGAUAAGAAAGGUUCAAAGAAGGGCAGGGAGUCUGCUACAGAAUCAGAAGGUGAAAAAGGAGAUGCAAAAAAAGAUUCCAAAAAAGAUAAGAAAGGUUCAAAGAAGGGCAGGGAAUCUGCUACAGAAUCAGAAGGUGAAAAAGGAGAUGCAAAGAAAGAUUCCAAAAAAGAUAAGAAAGGUUCACAGAAGGGCAGGGAGUCUGCUACAGAAUCAGAAGGUGAAAAAGGAGAUGUAAAGAAAGAUUCCAAAAAAGAUAAGAAAGGUUCAAAGAAGAGCAAGGAGUCCAUUACAGAAUCAGAAGGUGAAAAGAAAGAUGGAAAGAAAGAUUCCAAAAAAGAUAAGAAAGGUUCAGAGAAGGGCAGGGAGUCUGCUACAGAAUCAGAAGGUGAAAAAGGAGAUGCAAAGCAAGAUUCCAAAAAAGAUAAGAAAGGUUCAAAGAAGGGCAGGGAGUCUGCUUCAGAAUCAGAAGGUGAAAAAGGAGAUGUAAAGAAAGAUUCCAAAAAAGAUAAGAAAGGUUCAAAGAAGAGCAAGGAGUCCAUUACAGAAUCAGAAGGUGAAAAGAAAGAUGGAAAGAAGGAUAAGAAAGGGAACAAGGAUUCCAAGAAAACUGGUGAGAAAGGAGAUGAAUCAAAGGACAAGAAAGAUUCAAAGAAGAAGGAGAGUAAAAAGGAUAAGAAAGAUGAAAAGAAGCCCGGUGAGGCAGAUAGUGAGUCAAAAGAUGCUGCCAAGAAAGAAAAGAAAGAUGCCAAGAAGGAUGCAAAGAAAGAUGCCAAGAAGGGCAAGUAG